UUUCCGGCCAGCUCAGCGUCAGCUCUGUGGUGUUGUCAGUUCACAGCCUGUCAAACAAACUGGUCCCAGUUACCUGAGACAUUUCAGCGGGCAGAGGACAAACACCGGGACAUCGCGGAGACAUGGUGCUGCUAACGAUGAUCGCUCGGCUGGCUGACGGGCUGCCGUUAGCCGCUUCGAUGCAGGAGGACGAGCAGGGAAGUGAAAAGUUGGGUCGGGACCUUCAGCAGUAUCAGAGUCAAGCUAAGCAGCUCUUCAGGAAACUCAACGAUCAGAGUCCCUCACGCUGCACUUUAGAGGCUGGCUCCAUGUCAUUUCACUAUUUUAUAGAGAAAGGAGUGUGCUACCUGGUGCUGUGUGAAGCCAGUUUUCCUAAAAAGUUGGCCUUUGCUUACCUUGAAGACCUGCAGGCAGAGUUUCAUGAGCAGCAUGGAAAGAAGGUCCCCACAGUCUCCCGGCCCUACUCCUUCAUCGAAUUCGACACCUACAUCCAAAAAACCAAGAAGUCGUACAUUGACAGCAGAGCGAGGAGGAAUCUGGGCAGCAUCAACACAGAGCUCCAGGAUGUACAGAGGAUCAUGGUGGCUAACAUAGAGGAGGUGCUGCAGAGAGGAGAGGCGCUCUCUGCGCUGGACUCCAAGGCCAGCAACUUGUCCAGCCUGUCAAAGAAGUACAGGAGCGACGCCAAGUAUCUGAAUACCCGCUCCACCUAUGCCAAGCUGGCAGCCGGUGGUGUCUUUUUCAUCAUGCUCAUUGUCUACGUACGCUUCUGGUGGCUCUGAGAGAGAAAAGAGAAGAAGGAGGCGCCGAAGUGGAAAACGAGCUGCACAGAGUCUGCAGACACGACGAAAAGCUGUCACCUUUGACUAAAAACAGGAUCCCUGCUCUUAAUAAGACUUUGCAGACAUACCACCGCCCAUUUUGUUCUCGCCUGUCCAUGGAUGUGUGAUCUGAAUAUAAAUGAUGUCAUAAUACAUAGUUUUAUUAUUAACAAUUAGACAGUAAUGCGCUAGUAGUUGCCCUGGAGAUAGGUUAAGAUGAACUGAGUGAAUGCGUGUGUGAGUGUGUGUGUGGGUUGAUUGCUCUGUUUUUGUAGGUGAUUGCUUUUGAAAUGUGGAGGGAAAAUGAAGAGUUUCCAAAGCUGUACUGUACUGUAACAGGACUGAUUUAAUCUUGUAUAUUGUCUAAUAAUACAGGAGAGAGCAAAAAGAAAACACGAACACCUUAUUUAUCCUGUGCACAUUAUAUGGGUAUCUGUGCUCAUUAACAUUAUGAUUAUAGAAGUGAUACAACAACAUACAAUAUGCACCACAGUUAGAUAUAUGUAGAAAACAUGGCAUUGAUUUCUUUAGUUAAAUCAGUUCAGCAACAAAAUAGGAAAAAUAAUUUAAGAUUACUGUUUUUGUUUUUAAUGCUGUAUGAAAGCCUUGCAAAAUGCUAUUUCAACUGUGUCUAAUUUAGCAAACUUUCUUUGCCAAUAUGGGAUGUCAGUGAUCCUUUAAGGGACUGUACAAAAAUUAUUAGGGAGUCAAAAAAAGAAGGAGGGUAAUGUAUUUUUCUUUUUGCUGAAAAGGAGGGUAGUCUAUUUUGGGAAAGCAGUGGGGGGUCACUUAAUUUUACUAACCUCAGAUUUAUAUUUGCCCUUAUGAGAUAAUGUAUAUAGUUUUUUUAAGGAUCAAAUAGUCAAAAAACAUUGUUUUUAGUGUGCACAGUGGGUCGUAAAAGUGCUUUAUCAUAUGCAGCGGGCAACAAUCCUUUCACAGCCUCCUUAACUUUAGUCUUCAUCACGACAAAAAAGUUUCGCUAAUGUCAAGUUAUCCUAUUAUACAGUUCCUCCAGGAUGUUGCAACAAUUAAUGUAAAUUCAGCUGAUUCCUGUGAGUUCUGCUUGAUCUUGUAAUUUUGUCAAAUCAUCACAAGUUGACUUUUUAAAACGGGUAAAAUCUCACUUCAUUGUAUAGCUGCACUCACUGUUUUGAUUCGCUCAGCCCCUCUCAGGGCAAACUUUUAGCAUCACAUGCUAACGUCACCCAACAGUUAUUAACAGAUUUAAAAACAAAGUCGAGCUGUUUCCUUGUAAGUGUGAGAUUAGCAGCUAAAUGUUGGAUGUUAACCACUGUUGCGAGACUUCCGCCAAAGCUGCAAAGUGUAACAAGUAAGGAUGAGAUCACGGUGUGUUGUUUUAGCUCAUGGAAACUGUGCAGAGAGAGCAGGAGCAGAGCAGCUCACAGGGGACGGUUCUUAAGAACUGCGGUGAAUAGUAUCAACAGCUGAUGGUCGGAGAGCGUUUCUCAAAAAGCUGCAGUGAAAUCAGGCAUUUCAAGCUGCAACAAUCAGCCCAUGAAACCCCAGAGGGACUGAUUAUAACCAAGUUUAGCCUUUUAUUAGUAUGUCUUUACUCUUAAAGUAGUGACUGGCUAGAAUAUUCACAGCAAGAGCCCAAAGAAAGUAUUAAUGAUCCUGGGGAGGGCUUUGCUUUUUUUGUAUGAAAACGCUGAAUAAUUUUUGUACAGUCCCUAACCUGACCUCAAUAGUGUAUCCAUACUCCCUUUAGCUCUCUUGCACCGUGACUGUGGACCAGCACCUUUCUGUAAGCAGGCAUUUAAAAAAAAAUAGAAGUCUGGUUGGGUCCUUUUUAUUUUGUAUAAAGUUUACACGUUCAGACUCGGUUUCAAGGUGGAUUCAGGCUGAGAGACGCAGGUGCUCAUGGCUAGAAAGGACACCUUCUCUUUUUCUGUUCUGUCUGCAGUCUAUGAAUAAAAUCCUUUGCACAAAA